GCAGGUUGUAGUGAAGGUUAAUCAGCGCAUGUUUGCGUUUUAUUUUUCUUGAAGAUAUGGAUUUCUAUAAUGCAAAAGAGAUAAGAUAAACAACGCUUUAUAACUUUUUCAAGAAUUGUGUCCCUGGAAUGUCAAUACAAUGCAAAAUUUUUUAGUGAGUUGAAGAGAUCAGCAUACGUCGCCCUCUGGUAACAUGUCUUCACCAUCCUCUGAGCCACCGGGAACAAAAAGUGAUGUUGCAAAAGAGAAGGAUUACCGCACCCCAGGAUUUAGAAGUGUAAAUACAACCACCUUAUUUCGAGCCGUUAACCCUGAGCUUUUCAUCAAACCAAAUAAACCUGUCAUGGUAUUUGGACUUUUUACAAUUACCAUGUGUGUUGGAUAUAUUGCUUAUUUACAUGCAACUGAAGAAAAUAAAAAGGACGUUUAUGAAGCUAUUGACAGCGAGGGGACCAGAUACACAAGAAGGAAAACUUCCAAAUGGGAUUAAAUCAAAAUACAAACUUUGUCUUCAUCACUUGUGAUCAUUACAUUUUUCAAGGAUAUUAAAUGUGACAACUAUGAUUUUUAGAAAAUGAAUUGUGCAUAACUACAGCUUGUAAAAUAAGAGUGUACAUUUUGGUAGAUAUUUAAUUGUCCAAAGUAAGAUAUGCUAUUUCUGCAAAAUGCUGUAAUAUUGGAUGCAUUGUUGUAAAAUAUUCACCUACUGUUUUUAAUAUGACUAAGAUAUUUUAAUAGGUGAUCAUUGUCUUUUUGUUUUACAUAAUUAUAAUAUAAGGCUUUUGUAGUACCAUUAAUAAAUCACAGGCAAGAUCAAAAUCCAGUUGCAAUUGAUAACAACAGAAAUGCAACAGGAGAUUUUGAAUCUGACACACCUCCAGUUAUACUAAAUAAAAAAAAAAAAACUAAUGUCCAAAUAGAUGCAACAACUUAAAAAAAUACUUUUGUUUCCCUUUUAAUACUAUAUGGUCAACACACACCAACAAAUAGACACAAAAGAGGUGAACACAGACAGCUGAACAUGCACAGAUAUGAAGACAAACACACAUGAACGUGCACAAAAAAAGGGUGGACACUAGGCACCAAUAAGAUGAGCAGACUCUGGUAAUGGCAGUGUGCUAUGUGUUGUACUGGCUGCAGAGCAAGUAAAGUGGGACUUUACCACCAUCUGUCACUACACGUGACCCGGAAACGAACUUGGAUCCAAUACAGACACUACACAGCCGGUCCUUCACUUGCACAAAGGCCACUUGGUCGGCUCAAUUCUUCAAACGCUUUCAUGGCCGCUAGGUCGGCACAACCUUUCAUGGUUUGAUCUAAUAUAUCCACUGCAUUGUCAUAGUUUUUAACUAACAUUAUUUUACCCAAUUCUUUUACUGGUACCUUUGACUAUGAUCUUUUUAAUUGAGGUCUUUGUUCUCAAAUUAUUGUUGCAUCUUCAUUGAAUUAUUGUUUUUUCUUAUUAUGCAUAUAUUUAGUAAAAUACUUUGAAUAACUUAUACUCUAUUUUGUCUACUCUAUACAAUAAAACAACACAUUAUUAGUUAUGACUCUGA